AUGUUUGUCAACAUUCCUAUUGUGCUUUCGCUCAGUCUUCUCUGUGGCAGUGUAGUCGCCGCACCCAAGAAAUGUCCCAAGGGUUUCGUGACCACGACGGGCACGAAAUUCCAACUUGAUGGCAAGGACUUUUACUUUGCAGGCACGAAUGCUUACUACUUCCCAUUCGACAACAACCAGACAGAUGUCGAGCUUGGUCUCACGGCUGGCAGAAAAGCAGGUCUUCCUGUCUUCCGCACUUGGGGCUUCAACGACAAGAAUGCAACAUAUGUCACUGGCGGACUACCUCAAUAUGGAGCCGAAGGUGCCGGAACCACUGAAGUCGUCUUCCAGAGAUGGGCAAAUGGUAAAUCCACGAUCGAUGUCACACCCUUCGAUAAAGUCGUCAAUGCAGCAACGAAGGUCGGCAGCAAGUUGAUUGUACCUUUGACCAACGAUUGGGCCGACUAUGGUGGUAUGGAUGUGUACACUGUUAACCUUGGUGGCAAGUAUCACGACGAUUUCUACCGCGAUCCCAUGAUCAAGGCAGCAUUCAAACGCUACGUGAAAGCCAUGGUCACACGGUACAAGAACUCUCCAGCGAUCAUGGCCUGGGAACUCGCCAACGAACCCCGCUGCGCCGGCGACGCCGUCCGCAAUCUACCCAGUUCUGGAAACUGCACAGCCGCUCUCCUUACCCAAUGGACCGACGAAAUGAGCACAUACAUCAGAAGCCUAGAUCCCUACCACCUAAUCACCUGGGGCGGUGAAGGCGGCUUCAACGACCCCAGCAAUGAAGAUUGGGCAUACAAUGGUUCUGAUGGUGGUGACUUUGACGCCACUAUCGCUUUGCAGAAUAUUGAUUUUGGAGUGUUCCAUACUUAUCCUGAUUGGUGGAGUAAGACGGUUGAGUGGGCGGAUCAGUGGAUCAGGGAUCAUGCUGCUUCGGGUAGGAAAGCUGGAAAGCCUGUUGUUCAUGAGGAAUAUGGUUGGUUGACAGCCUCCGCACGACUGCAAUAUCUCAACAAAACCGCAGCUGCCAAUGAAACCAGAGUCGCCGUCAUUGGAGGUUGGCAGAAAAUCUCGCUGGAGGAAAAGAUGAGUGACAUGUACUGGCAAUUCGGCUACUCAAACUACUCUUACGGUCGCAACAACAAUGAUGGCUUUACGAUUUACCUUGACGAUGCUGAAGCCAAACCUCUUGUUUACGAACAUGCGAAAGCUGUUGCAGCCCUGAAUCGUUGGUGA